CAAAGCCCAUGAGAGAGAACAAGUAUGUGACAAUGAUGGAUCCUUUCCAGAAGAAGUAUGGGAACUUUAUGAGCAAUGCUCUGAUCCUCCCUGCACUGGUCGCUGAUGUUCUGUGGGUGGCACGCACACUUGUCAGCCUGGGUGAGUUCCUUCAUACUGUAGAAGUGCAUGUGUGAAGUAAUUAUGUGGACAUCUGCCGUGCAGGCUUAAACAAAUCCAAGCACACAAUGAAUAGUGCACUAGAAAAACAACAACUGGACCAAAUGAUUAUUGUCAGUAGUAUACAUGGAACUACUGAGGUAAAAUCCGUAUUGAAUUAGGUCAUACCAUUGAUGUAGUGGUAGUCAAAUGUCCAUGAUGGAUCCCUGAGUGCUUAUUCCUGCACUUGUUGAAACUAUGCCCUCCAGACUAAAUUACGAGAAUAUACACUUGUAUGUUAACUUGUGAAGUCCUUCCACUGGUGGGUGGUGAGGGGCCGGGAUCCCUCAGCUGACAGACAUACCCAAAAUAAGUCAAGGACAGCUACACAAUUAUAAGGGCAUGGCUUUUGUACAUGCUCUUGGAGUCUAAUGAGAAUGCUAAGACACCUAAAUUUAUAAACAACACGCAUGUCAACACUAAUCUCAUUACUUGGCAAAAGUUUGGGAUCAUUUAAAAAAGCCGAUAUUUAUAAAAGAAAAGCGCUUUUAUAAUGGAAGAACUUUGCACAUUAUCUUGGUGAAUAAUUUUGGCCAGGACUUUCAUUAAAUGCUACCCACGAAACAGCAAUGUGAAUCCUUCCCAAUAAAAUUAGUAACAGGGAAAGUCAUUUCAAAAUGACAGUUAUGUACAGCAACAACGGAACUAACUGAAGAGUGAUAAUCGGAUGUGAUGGUCCGGACUGCUUUGUUACUGCUAUUCUGCCAGCUUCUUUGUAGGUAGCGACCAUAUUUAAACUUCACUGUCAAGUACAAUACAAACCUGUGUAUAAUCCGCACCCCCAAAAUCAAUCUUUAAAACUUUUUUUUUUCUCUGUACCCAUGUAUAAUAUGUACUGUAACCUUAUAGCUGGUAUCCAUAACUAUGUUUUUUAAUGCUCACAUAACAGUCUCACUUUACAUUAUAUGACAUGAUGGUUUAAAGUUGUCCUCUUUUUCACUGUUUGGAUCAAACUCCUCCACUCGCACUUUUCCUGUUUUGAAGAGAGCAGCAGGAGUGUGUGCGGAGACAAAAAACUGAUUGCUUUGUUCUUAAUUUGAACAUAUAUGUACACCAGUUGCACACAAUUAAACUGUGUUCAACUAACAUUAUAUUUGAUUAUUUAUUCAGUUUGUGAUGCAAUGCCUGAAAAAUGCUGCAACACGCUGUCAAAAACAACUUCAAAAUGAAAAGCGUACUUUGGCAUUGUAUUAUUUUGUUGGGUAAAGUUUAUUUUGAAGUUGGCCUUAUCGCAUUGGUAGCGUGAUGAAUAGCAUGAUUUUUGGUUGCUACCAUGCCUAGCUACUGUCUACGCACUGGUAAAUGUCGAAACAAGGUGGAUAUAUUUGUGUCAUAUUAACACCCGUGUAUAAUACUCACCCCCAAUUUGGGAAUACUUUUUUGGGGGCGUGCCUAUUAUGCACAGGAUUUUACGGUGUGUUGUUAAACAUAAAAUGAGCCCAGGAUGCAUGGAAGGGUGCAUAAAUGUUUGACUAUAAUUGCUCUAAAUUGUCCAAGCUGAUCUUUUACAUUCAUGAACGAUCAGUUAUUUUUGUGAGUGAUCCCAAACUUUUUAGGGGCAGCAUUGGCAAAUGCAUUUUAGUACAACUUCAGUAGCGGUGCUAGGAUCUUUGCGAAAUACUGCAUUGUUUCUUUGAAACAAUAUUUUGCACUGUAAUUCCUGCUGUCAUUUCUGUAUGCUUUACGUUGCUGUGUGUGUCUAUGUGGGUGUGGAUGUAAGUGCAAUGAUGUGCCGUGCGAAUGGGUUUGAGUGUGUAUUUCAUGUUUUUGCGUGUGUGUUUUAACGCUGUCUUCUUUUCCAGUGGUAUUCUAAAAAGGGGGUUAAUCAUCGAGCAGCCUGUUGAUUGUGAAAGGCUGCGGCUGGGGGGACCCUGGCAAGGUGGGAGAAGAGACAGUAAAGGUGGAACUAUGAGUGUGAUCCUUGACCUUUCUUACGGCUACUCCAUUGUCAUCUCUGCCGUCGUUGCCAUUGCCUACACGCUCCUGGGAGGGCUUUACUCUGUGGCUUACACAGAUGUGAUCCAGCUCAUUCUCAUCUUUAUCAGCCUGUGGGUGUGCGUCCCUUUCCUGUUGACCAACCCUCACUCUGUGGACAUCUCGCUGACGGCCUACAACCAGACCUUCCAGGCUCCCUGGGUUGGCACGGUGGAGCUCGAUCGAGCCGGCAAGUGGUUUGACGACUUCAUGCUGCUGGCUCUCGGCGGUUUGGCCUACCAAGCUUUCUACCAGAGGAUCCUGUCGGCCUCAUCUUACACCCAGGCACAAAUGACCUGCUUUGCCUCUGCCGCCUUCUGCCUGGUGCUGGGUAUCCCCUCUGUGCUGGUGGGAGCUGUGGCUGCAUCGACAGAUUGGAACUCGACAAUCUAUGGACUGCCAACUCCAUAUGAGCGUGGCGAAGCAGGUUCCAUCCUCCCCAUCUCCCUGCAAUACCUCACGCCCAUGUACGUGUCUAUCAUCGGGAUCGGAGCUGUAGCCGCCGCUGUCAUGUCCUCCAUGGACUCAGCCCUGCUGUCCUCUGCGUCACUAUUCUCCUCCAAUAUCUACAAGAACAUCAUCCGGAAGCAGGCAUCGGACCGCGAGAUGCAGUGGGUGAUCCGGAUCUCGGUGGUGGUUGUCGGUCUGGCUGGCACUGGCCUCACCUUCUUGGACAGCAGUGUGCUCGUCUUCUGGCUGGUGGGCGUAGACAUGUCCUACACCAUCAUGUUCCCUCAGCUGGUCUGCGUGCUCUUCUUCAAGGCGUCAAAUGCUUACGGGGCCAUCAUGGGCUUCCUUCUGGGAAUCAUCUUGAGAAUCCUGAGCGGCGAGCCCCUCAUCGGCCUGCCGCCCAUCAUCCGCUUCCCCAACUGCCGGCUGGAUGCUGAAGGCAAGCUUACUCAGUUCUUCCCCUUUCGUACUACGAUCAUGCUCGUCUCGCUGGGCACCAUCAUGGUCGUGUCUUGGCUGAUGACAUUGGCUUUCGACAAGGAUCUUUUGCCGGAAAAGUGGGAUGUGUACAAGGCCAAAAGCAAGCAAAGCAAGCCUGUAGAAGAGAGGCCCACCGAAGACAACGAAGAACUUGCCGUAUCCAAGCAGCUACUGGACACCACCAGCUGCUGAAGGGCCUUUAAGACAAAGAAAUGGGCCGUGACGGGAGGCAGACAAGCUUGUCUGCUCGACGGGGUUUGCCGAUGGCCAUUAAGCAGCUGAGGUUUAACAGUGUUAAUGGAAUCUGGACAGAAUGUGUGAUUUUGUAUCACAUACUGAACAGCCUAAAAUUGGAAACCCCUAGCACCCGUCUUUAAUAUCAGCUUCCUUCUACAAUCAAACAGUACGAAAUGUAAACUUAGCUUGUGUAUGAUAGUUACCCAUUCACCAGUGUAGCAUAUAAUGUUAUUCAUUAAAAACAUCCAAUUACUGAGCCUUGUUGUCAGCUAAUCACACAUCUCUGCAAUGGACAGAAGGAGCACAGCCUUUAAAAAUCAUUUCCAUUUGGAAAAGAAAGAAGUAUGGAGUUUAUUAAUUGUUUUGUUUCGUGGAUUUGUGUUAUGUACAGAUUUAUAAAAAUAUAUUUUAUCACGCUAGCAAAAGUAUAUUGUUUGUUUUUGGAUGCAAAUGUGGUCCCUUGACUAAAACGCGCAUGCAACAUUUUUUGGCUCUCUGCACAAAUGUUCAGUCCAACUGGAGAAAGUAGUUAGCAAGUCCUUUAUAGCUGAUGUGUUGCGCAAUUCGACAGGCUUGUGCAGAUUGUUUUACUUGCAACAUACAGUCCAAAUUGUCACUUCAGAAACAAGGGCAAAAGGCAAUCAUUUUUUAAUUACUCCCAUUCAGCACAGUUAAGUUGUGGUAUUGACUACACUUGUAUUUGCAUCAACGCCCCUAACCACUUCAUGUAUGUUUGCAUGAUUGCACAUCUUGUGAGCAACUUUAUCAAUGUUUCAAUGUGUUGCGUUGUAGCCAUGCCCGUAUAAAACAGAAAGUUACACUGAUUUGAAAAUAAACUCAACUGUCAAUUGUUGUUCUUUAAUCACGCACAAUCAGUUACUGUAUGUGAACAUGCCCAUAAUGUGAAUACAAACACCUCAAGCAGGACUGUCAACAGAGGCAAGCCUGUUAAAAACUUUCCAUUGUAUUCUUUUCGACAAUGCUGUGACAAUGAGGGGAACCCCCCCCCCCCAUCUCUCCAAGAUUGUCCCACCCCAGCAUGUCACAUGCUGCUGGUUGUGCAAUGUAAGGAAAUAUUCCAAUUUAAAGACUACACGCAUAUGUGAUCAAUAGAAACACUAUUUAAAAUAAAUUCUGACAUCUGUUAUGUAACCUGUUUUGAGAGAAUGUGCAUUUUGUGUUUUCCUUUUAACUGAUUAGCCUUCAGGCAUUGUAUUGUGAGCCUCCAAACAUUUUCUUGUAUAAGGCACAACCUAAACUAGCCUUCACGUAAAUAUCACUGGAAACUGCUUUGCCCCCCCCCCCGAUUUAAUUGAUGCCGUUGAACGUGUGUAUAUGAACCAUCUUGUUAUAUGAACCAUCUUGUUUAGUGGGCUCGAGCUCAACGCUUGUUUCUGAAUGCCAAUUAAAACAAAUUGUCAGAUGGUCAAAAUCUGAUUUCCAAAGACUUGUGGAAUCAAAGCAGAACUCAUUGCAUGCAUCUUUUUGAAUAAAUGUGAGUUCUAAAUGUAUUAUACUCUUGUACAGCUUAAUCAUAAUUUGUACAUUGACUCUUGUUAUUUUUAUAUCAAAAGUGGAUUGCCAUGCGUUGUUAGUUUUAGAGGAACAACACAAACGUGUAUUUGUAUCUCAAGUGAACAAGGAGUAAAAUGUACCCAGGAUUUUGCUAAAAAAAAAAAAAUGAAUGUAGACCUGUUAUCACUUUAUGUUCAGAUUGGCCUUUUGAUUGGCCUGCACUAUUCAGCAGUGUGUCACGUGGGAAUUGUUAUCACAACGAACACUGCUCCCCAAGCACUACAUGCAACUUCAGAUAUUCAGACAUUACAGAUGGAAAACUGUGCCUUACUAGUGGAGUAGUUGCGUGACAUUUAUUUGAUACCUUUUGGGGUAGUCAUAUUUUAUUUCCAAUGUUUUUAAUUCUCCAAAAGUUGCCCAUUAACAUCCUUGACUGGUUUUAGUUUUAUAAUUUAAAAAAAUGCUCCAUUUUAUUUCUCCCUCGUUGUCUGUAUGUGGUUUUAUACUAUUAUGCAUGUCAGUAACUAUGUAUACUGAACCUUUGUGAAGGCUGUUCUCUCUUGCCGCUUGGCAAGGUCCUACUUUGUAAUCGAUUAAUGUAAAUCCCCACGGGGUGAUCUUCUGCGAGAAUAAAAGCUGAUCUAAAAAUGA